AUAUGUGGAGCAGUUUCCUAUCCCCAGACGAUCCGCGUAGAUAUAUAGCUAUAUCUUCAUUCUGAAGGCAGACCGUCACCCCUUUUUGGUUCUCGACCGACUCGUUUCAGAUUCCUAGCCAAUAGCAUUGUAAACACAUAUACACCUAAGAGAGUCUUCCACAACAAUGGUUGCUGGGAAGGUAAAAGAGGUAAUGGGUUUUCAAAAAUCUUCAUCAAACCAAAAGCAAAAGCCACAGAUAUCUCCUAAACCACCACCAUCAUCCAUGCUGACUUCUGGGAACCACAAGGGAAACGGCACUGUAUUCUCACGAUCAUUCGGCGUUUACUUACCACGAGCCUCCGCCCAGGUCCAGCCCCGCCCCCCUGACAUCAGCGAGCUCCUCCGCCUCGUUGAAGAACUACGUGACCGAGAGUCCCGUUUCAAAACCGAACUCUUGGAACAUAAGCUGCUCAGAGAGUCAGUCGCCAUUGUUCCGGUUCUCGAAAACGAGAUCUUAAAUAAAGAAUCGGAAAUCGAGCGGUCAAGAAAGAAGAUUGAGUGCUUAGAAGCAGAAAAUGAGAGACUCAGAGAAGAUGUUGAGGUUUUACACAAUGAAUUAUACAGACAGAACCAGAAAUAUGAGGAGAAAAUAAAAGCUAUGCAGGCUGAACUCUCUGAUAUAAAGAAAGCAGUUGCAGAGACACAACAAGAACACGACGAGGCUUCAUCGUCUACACAAAAACUUGUCGAUGUAAGCAGCAAUUACAUAUCUAGUAUUACAAACAAGACAUUGAGAAAAUCCGCAACGCAUAAUUACACUGUCCCUAGUUUGGAAAGUAGUAUUACUUUUAAGAAAGAAGAUAUAGUUGGGUCUGUGGAGAGUAAUGAAAGGCCUAUAAAAUCUUGGUGUAGUUCUGAAGAAAUUGCAGAUAAUUCCGAUGGGAUAAUGGGAUUCAGAUCUCGUGCCCCAAGAAUUCCUAAGCCACCGCCGAAACCGUCGGCAUUUCUUUUAUCAUCGAUUUCUUCUUCUUCUUCAUCAUCAUCCGUGGUAUCAUCCGGUUCGGAGGACAGGGCGUUGGCCGAGAUUUCAAAUAUUCCUCAUCCCCCACCGCCUCCGCCUCCUCCGCCGCCAGUGAAAGUAGUGGCUCCACCACCACCACAUCCUCCUCCUCCUCAGUCUAAGAUGGCGCCACGUGCAGUAGCACCACCUCCCCCUCCGCCUCCCCCGCCCAAAGGUUCGAAAACAGUGCCAGCCAAGGUCAGGAGAAUCCCCGAGGUGGUUGAGUUUUACCACUCAUUAAUGAGGAGGGAUUCAAAUCCAAGGCGAGAUACCACCGCUGAUGCUCCAGCUGCAGGAGCGACGGCCAAGGACAUGAUCGGAGAGAUUGAAAAUCGUUCUGCACACUUACUAGCCAUUAAGACAGAUGUAGAAACACAAGGAGAUUUCAUUAGGUUCUUAAUCAAAGAAGUCGAAGGGGCUGCGUUCACCGACAUUGAAGAUGUUGUACCUUUCGUAAAAUGGCUUGAUGACGAGCUCUCCCACCUGGUUGAUGAAAGGGCAGUAUUGAAACAUUUCAAUUGGCCUGAGCAGAAGGCAGAUGCAUUAAGAGAAGCUGCAUUUGGGUACAGUGAUUUGAAGAAACUGGAAUUCGAAGCCUCAUCAUUUCGUGAUGAUCCUAGACAGCCUUGUGCUCCAGCUUUUAAGAAAAUGCAGGCCUUGUUUGAGAAAUUGGAGCAUGGAGUUUAUAAUUUGUGUAGAAUUCGGGAGUCUGCUACAAAGCGAUACAAGGUGUUACAAAUUCCAGUCGAUUGGAUGCUUGAUACUGGAUAUGUAACUCAGAUCAAGCUGGCAUCUGUGAAGUUAGCCAAGAAGUAUAUGAAGAGAGUGUCUGCAGAGCUUGAAAUUGUUGGUGGUGGUCCCGAAGAAGAAGAACUCAUAAUUCAAGGCGUUAAGUUUGCCUUCCGAGUGCAUCAGUUUGCGGGUGGUUUUGAUGUGGAAACAAUGAGAGCGUUUCAAGAACUGAGAGACAAGGCUCGAUCAUGCAACGUCCAGUGCCAAAAUCAGCAACAGAAAAUUAUUUUCCGGUCUUCUACAGCUUGCUAAUCUAUAGCAAAUUAAAUUCGGCUUCAAAAAUACUACCACAUUUUGCUGUAAAGUGUACUAUAAAGAUCGAGUUGUGAAUACAGUGUGCCAGACAUUGUAUGUUCAAAUGAAUUUAACUUAUUCUAACAAUUGAAAGCAGGAUGA